UGGAAAACAUUUUCUCGAACAUAUACUGUAAAGUAGACUGUCAGAGGAGCAGUGCGAAAGCUUUCAAAGCCCCAUUAUUCGUCGAACAAAGUUCAUUCCAUCUACGCAAGACCAAAAAAUAAUAAACCCCUUUAGCACGGCACAUGCUCCCUAACUGAGCACGUGGCCCCUCAGUAGGUGAACUCCUCUGCUCCAUAGCGAAACAUGAAGGUGUUAUUGACAUGCGUCCUGGUGAUUUUAGCAGUGACUGAGGGCUUUUCUUCCAUAGAUAAUGCCGGCUGGAGAAUUCACGAUCCCUUCAGUAAUCCUAGGUACAUGCAGCUUGCGCAUUUCGCUUUGACUCGUCAGCCUAAUGCAGGCGGCAUUCCUGGUGUUGCAGUUCGACUACAUCAAGUAGCGACAAAGGGGACCGCCCAGACAGGCUUAAGCUAUCUUCUCAGUUUCGACCUUGUGCCGCUAACCUGCUCAUCACACCAGGUACCCACUUAUGGGAAUGGCACGAAAGCUUCAAGCUACACUUCGGUCUUUUGCAUCAUGGGAGAGGCGAUGAACUCUUGUUCAGCGCUGGUAUACGAGGAGCCAUCGGGCAACGCUGUUCACAUUCUAGGAAUAGAUUGCCUUCACUAAAUUCGAUGUUUAUUUCUCUUGGGCAAGCUAUUCCCACGCAAAUAAAUAUUUGAAAUGU